UGCUGAGGAGCCUGAAAUUCCCCUGCUCCAUGUGCUUCCUCUUCACAGUGAAAGGGAGGUGGAGGGAGUGGGAGGAGAAAUAGAGACAGGAACAGCUGGGAGAGGAUGCAGGAGCUGCUGGGAUCAGGGACAGCUUGAGGCACCACAGAGAACAGGGAGCCAUCUAGAGUCAGCGUAUCCACCAUGCAGCUGCCUUCAGCCUGUAAACAGGAACCACUAAGGAAAGCAGCGAGUCUUAAACUCCAUCUGUUUUUCUAAGAGCUGAAUGUUUACCCAGGACAAGAAGGUUUCUCCACCUGCCUUGGGUCCUUUUCUAAAGGAGAAAGCAUCCAGAAGAUUUCUCUAAAAAUGCUUUUCUACAUAUUAAUCUUUCUCGGCGUCAUUUUUCUAUGGUGGCAUUGGAGGGCAAGACACAAGCUGAAGGUUACAAAUCUCACUGGCAAAUAUAUAUUCAUCACUGGAUGUGACACAGGCUUUGGAAAUCUUGCAGCAAAGACUUUUGAUAAAAAGGGAUUUCGUGUUUUUGCCGGUUGCCUGACUGAAACAGGAGCCAAAGAGCUAGCAGCUGUGACCUCCAAGCAGCUUCAGACAGUGCUGCUGGAUGUGAGAGAUCCAGACAAUGUUAAAAAAGUGGCUGCACAGAUCAAAACCGAAGUUCAGUCCGAAGGUCUCUGGGGACUUGUCAAUAAUGCUGGGAUCAUGGGGCUAUUAGCUCCUACAGACUGGUUAGAUAUUGAGCACUUCAGAGAACCAAUUGAAGUUAAUUUAAUUGGACUCAUAAAUGUUACAAUAAAUAUGCUUCCCUUGAUAAAGAAAGCAAAGGGAAGGGUAGUAAAUGUAUCCAGCAUUGGAGGUCGCCUAGCAUUCAGUGGUGGAGGCUAUUUCCCUUCAAAGUUUGGGGUAGAAGCAUUUAAUGACAGCUUAAGGAGAGAUAUGAAAGCUUUUGGAGUUAAGGUUUCUUGCAUUGAACCUGGACUGUUCAGAACAGCAUUAUCAAAUCCAGCAAAGAUUAUGAAAGAGAAGGAGGUUAUCUGGAAUCAGCUUCCUCCCAGUAUUAAAAAGCAAUAUGGAGAUGAGUAUUUUCAGAAAGUUUUACAGAUGCAGCAAAGAAAGAAAAGCUGUCCAGGAUCUGUCUUAACACGGACAUUUCACCGGUUGUUCAGUGUAUUGAACAUGCCCUAACGAGCCUCCAUCCACGCACUCAUUACAUUACUGGGAGAGAUGCUAAGUUUUUUUGGAAUCCCCUUUCAAAAAUGCCUGCAGCUGUACAAGACUUCUUACUUCUGAGAAACAGAGCAGAGCUUGCAGCUCCACAUGCAGAGUAAAGUCUUUGCUAAUAUCAUCCCAGAUGAUAAUCCCAAUCCUCAUCCCAGAGGAGACUGAUUCUAUAAAAUCUGUCCUUUAUUUGAACAUGAUCCAAACUGUACCUGAAAUACAUAAAUGUAAGGGAAUGAGAGUGUAAGAAAUAUAUCUAUUAUUUGUCCAAUAUCUGCUACUAUAAAAAAAAUCCUUUCUUGUUUCAUUAUUUUGCUUCAUUCCUAAAAUGUAAACCAGAAAGAACAAAGUCAUUAUUAAACUUUCAGAAAUUA